AUGUCAUCCGGAAGUUCUUUGAAUGCGGAAUUAUCGAAGAAGAUAGGAUUUUUGGGUUUAAAACUAUGGGUUGUAAUUGGUAUAUGUGUUGGCGCAUUUAUUGUUUCAAUCCUAUGUUUCUUAUCUAUAUGGGUUACAUUUCGGAGGAAAUCUCGAAGAUCACUGGACAAGUUCCCAGUCACCCAAAUACCAAAUGUCUCUAAAGAUAUCAAUGUUGAUAAGGUUGGGGCUCAGAGUACCCACGAUCACCCUGAUAAUUUAUUUCUGUCAGUACCUGAGAAAGCAAGCGAUAAGAAUUCAGAGAAGAUGUUAGUUCAUUUAGGCAUGAGCAAAUCAAGUGAUCCUGAUAACAUGAGUCAGUGCAGCUCAAUUUAUCAUCAUGAGAGGGCAUGUAGUUCACAGUCAGGGGAAGAAGGAAGCUCUGGGAAUGUGCGAAAGCAGUCGUCAUUGUCAUAUGGAGGACUUGUAACAGCCUCUCCUUUAAUUGGCUUGCCAGAAGUUUCUCAUCUUGGGUGGGGCCACUGGUUUACUCUUAGGGAUCUGCAGUUUGCUACAAAUCGUUUUUCUGCAGAAAAUGUGCUUGGAGAGGGUGGAUAUGGGGUUGUUUACAAGGGCAGGCUGAUCAAUGGAACUGAUGUGGCAGUGAAAAAGCUCUUAAAUAAUUUGGGGCAGGCAGAGAAAGAAUUUAGGGUUGAAGUGGAGGCCAUAGGUCAUGUUCGGCAUAAAAAUCUUGUCCGUCUCUUGGGCUACUGCGUAGAAGGGGUUCACAGGAUGCUGGUGUAUGAAUAUGUGAACAAUGGCAACCUAGAACAAUGGCUACAUGGGGCCAUGCGCCAACAUGGCACCCUUACUUGGGAGGCCCGCAUGAAGGUGAUUCUUGGUACUGCUAAAGCGCUUUCUUAUCUACAUGAAGCUAUAGAACCAAAAGUUGUCCACAGAGAUAUAAAAUCAAGCAACAUUUUGAUUGAUGAUGAGUUCAAUGCCAAGGUUUCUGAUUUUGGAUUGGCCAAACUCUUGGGUUCAGGUGAAAGUCACAUCACAACUAGAGUGAUGGGGACUUUUGGUUAUGUGGCACCGGAAUAUGCUAAUACUGGCUUGUUAAAUGAGAAGAGCGACAUCUACAGCUUUGGUGUCCUCCUGCUUGAAGCAGUUACGGGAAGGGACCCUGUGGACUAUGGCCGACCUGCUAAUGAGGUCAAUCUAGUUGAGUGGCUAAAAUUGAUGGUAGGUGCAAGAAGAUCAGAGGAUGUUGUGGAUCCAAACCUUGAAGUUAAACCCAGUACACGUGCCUUAAAACGUGCCCUUUUGGUUGCACUUAGGUGUGUUGAUCAUGAUGCAGAGAACAGACCCAAAAUGAGCCAGGUUGUACGUAUGCUUGAAGCUGAUGAAUACCCAUUUCGCGAGGAUCGAAGGAACAGAAAGAGUCGUACGACCAGCAUGGAUAUUGAAUCUGUGAAGGAAAACUCUAUCUCAGCUGACAUAGGAAACAAGCCAGGGGAUCUGGAGAGUCAAAUAUCUGAGACAACUCAUGCAAAGGACUGA